CGCACUUGAAGGGGUAGGGAAUGCUUUGUGUUCUAUGGUACAGUGAAUAAUAGGGAGCCUCUGUAUACUGAGGGAGACGCAGCUAGUACCAGUGGGAGUAAAAGAUGUCCAUGGAAGAUCCGUUCUUCGUUGUGAGAGGGGAAGUACAGAAAGCUGUGAACACAGCUCAGGGCUUGUUUCAGAGAUGGACAGACCUUUUGCAGGAUCCCUCUAUUUCUACGCGAGAAGAACUGGACUGGACAACCAAUGAAUUGCGCAACAGCCUCAGGAGCGUUGAGUGGGAUCUAGAAGACCUGGAUGAGACAAUUAGUAUUGUGGAGUCCAAUCCACGGAAAUUUAGUCUGGAUCAAGCUGAACUGUGGCAAAGAAAAGCCUUCAUCAAUGAAACGCGUCAGUGUGUAAAGGACAUGAAGGAUAGAAUGACGAGCCCUUCUAUACAAGCACUGACUGAGAAAAAGAACAGACAGGCCCUUUUAGGAGACGGAACAAAGCAUGGCUGGAAUCUUGAAACAGAAAAAUAUAAAGCUUUGGACCAUGAACUUGAGAAUGCUAACUCACAAUUUUUAGAUGGUCAGGUUGUACAGCAGCAGCUGAUUAUGGAGCAGCAAGAUGAGCAGCUGGAGCUGGUAUCCGGCAGCAUUGGUGUCCUUAAGAACAUGUCCCACCGUAUUGGCAAUGAGUUGGAUGAGCAAUCAGUAAUGUUGGAUGACUUUUCUCAUGAACUGGAUACUGCUCAGUCCCGCAUGGAUAAUGUUCUUAAGAAAUUAGCCAAGGUAUCUCACAUGACUAGUGAUCGACGCCAGUGGUGUGCCAUCAUUAUCCUGCUUUCUCUACUGCUGGUAGUGCUGAUCUUGUUCUUUGCCCUGUGACUUACAAGGUUGUUGUUGAUAUGAGACAUCGUACAAUGGAGUUAAGUUAUACAGGACAUUUUUGAUGUGGAAGUAACAAGACGUUGACAUGGGGCAUCUGUGAUGUCAGUGUAGGUACUUUGCAACACAGAGUGUACUUUUUUACACCUAAACGCAGUGUUGCUGUUAACCUCCUGCCUUGUUACUAACUGCAGUUAUUCACUGGAUUAUUGCUGCAGUGUUUUCUCACUAUUUACAUCAUACUUCCUUCCAAAGAGACAUCACACAAUGGGCUUGUACUUUCACCAGAUAAAGAGCAAGAGCCUGGCUACAUAGUUGUAUACAAAUAUACAUUUAAAACUUAUACUACAUACUUGGGUAUAUUUGAAUUCUGGAAUUACAUUUGUGCAACGUCUGCCUUUAGGAGGACUUUAUAAUGAAGUAAGAAUAUUUUCAAGUUUUAUUGCAGUAAGGAAAGCUUAAUGAUCUUGCUUAAUGUGGGCAUUUUAUCUGAAUCAUUUUUCCUUUACAGCUACAGUAAUUCUGGGACAAUUUGUUGUGGGGAAAAAAAAAUUCUGCAAGACUGAGUUUGUAAAUUAAGCUGUGCUUCAUUUUGAUAAGAACGGGUGAUAUCUCGGAGAGUAUACCUCGCAGGAGAAAAGCCUGAAACUAUAAUGGUUCUUAGCUAAACUCUUAGAAUACUGGAGCUGUUCAUGUUUUUCCCCUUAUCAUUUUCUUCCAGAUCUAUUGUGAUCCAGAAGAUUAUGCAUGUAGACUAGUGGGAAUGUCAUUGUAAAGGGAUUUUUUAAGCAUCCUUUCUGUGGGUGGGAUCCUGUGAUAUAAAUGUUUCCAUGUUAAAGGAAUGCACCUACACUGAACACUACUGAACCUGUAUUAUUAUACAUAUUGAGUGGAUGGGAUUUUAAAUAAUGCUGCCUUGUACUGCUGUACAUGAUGUGAUUAUAUGUAUCUCUGAGCAGUGGCUGGAACUCAUGCUAUUGAAGUAAGCAGUUUUACUGUUCCUUUGCAAAUGUGUGUUCUCAUUCCAUAAAUAUUGCACAAAUGGUCUCAGGGCUUAAUGAGGAAGCACACUACUUGCAUUUAACUGUUCUUGAGGUGAGCAUAGAUGCAGUUGAUUUGCCAUAUGUAUGGCAUGUACUGUAUACCUGAUGGGGGGGCAAGAAGCUCAUUUGACCAUAACAUGGAUUUGGUCACUAUUUAUGUACUGUAUGUGCUGCAUUUAACAAUGUAUUAUUGCACUGAAUGAACAAACUAAUUAUGUUUGCACAUGGGAAACAGAUAUGUCAAUAUCUGCCCUGUAAAGUUUUAAUUGAUUUGGAUUGUUGGACAUUCAUAAUUCAUCAUGUUUAUAUCAUAUGUAAUAUAUUUCUGUCUCUG